CGUUUUCUAUCUCCUAAAUUCCUGUUUAAUUCUAUUGAAUUUGAUCCAAUAUUAAUUUUUUUGCUUGAUUAAUUCAAAUUUCGGUCAUAUAUGCUUGCUAUUUCGUUUCUGAAUUGUUGAACCAUAAUGUUGGAGUUGUGAAUUGUUUAUAGUUUGGUGGUGAAGAAAGUUAGGGUUUCUCUUUCUUCAUCGAAUUUCAAGAGUUUGGUGGUAGAUUUUGAAUAUAUUUUCCUGAUUGUUUCGAUUGAAAUUAGAGAAAUAUUGUACUGUACUACUGUAGUAUGUUAUCUUGAUGAUAUUUCCAAAAAAAAAAAAAAAAAAAAAAAAAGCUGAUGAUUAUUGUGCUGACUGUUUCUUGUUUGGUGCAUUAUUGUGGGCUUGCUGGCUAUUGAUUAUUGCGUUCUCCUGCAGUGCUUUGUGGGCUUGCCUUUACGUUCUCCGUCAGUAUCAUGUUGCAGAUACUAGCUUGUGCAAUUUACAGUAACUGGUGGCCUUUGUUGUCAGCUCUAAUGUAUGUGGUAGUUCCUAUGCCAUGCAUGUUCUUUGGAGGUGGCUCCACGCAAUUCUUAGUAAGUCGAGAUGGUGGAGGUUGGAUAGAUGCUGCCAAGUUCUUGACGGGAGCUUCCGCCGUGGGAAGCAUUGCAAUUCCUAUGAUUCUUAGACAUGCCCAUCUGAUAGAGACUGGAGCGAUGCUCAUUGAAUUAGCAUCUUUCUUUUUAUUUGUCUGUACUGUCUUGUGCUUUCACCGUGCUAGUCUUGAUGACGAUUGGUAGGAAGGAAUGAAAUAUUGAGCUGUCUGGAGUUGAUAGAAGCAGGAGGCUUUUGGUAUCCGUCGGUAGCUGUUGGAAAAAAUGGUGUGAUAUGACUGUACACUAGUACAUAAAAAGCUUUAGUAAUUUACGCUAUCAUGUCAAGCAAAUGUAUAUUUUGGGUUGUGGUGUUUAUUAAAGUAACAUACUAAUUCAUGUAUAAACUUAUUUCCUACCUUUUUCAAUUGUUGAGUUCAACUAAUGUAUCAAUUCAAUGUUGUGGUAUUUAAUUGAAGUAAGAUUUCUCAUUCUA